CAAACCCAUGCCUGGUCUGCUCUCUCACAGAACCGUCUACUGGCCAUUUAGAUUUAUCAGCCUACGCCCACGCGUUCUUGUUCAUCGACCGCCAUCGUUGCACCCUCUGAGCACCCAGUUCCAACGCCGCAGUAUGUCCCACAAGACGAUCGCCGUGCUUGAUGCGUCCGAGUUGAAGGAUGGGGAGAUGAAGCAAGUCGGUUUCGAGGGCGAUGGCAAGGUCCUCCUCUCUCGUCUCGGCGACAAGAUCCACGCGACCAGCGCGUUCUGCACGCACUACGGCGCGCCUCUCGCCAAGGGCGUCUUGACUGCGGACGGCCGUGUAGUCUGCCCGUGGCACGGAGCCUGCUUCAACGUAUGCACUGGUGACAUCGAGGAUGCUCCCGCGCCCUCCGCGCUCCACAGCUUCAAAGCGGAGGUUAAGGACGGGAAGAUCCACGUCACCGCCGAUCCCAGCUUGACCACCAGUGCCAACAAGUCUCGCCCACCAAAGUUGCUUGCGACUGGGUCUGACGUCCCGGUCGGCCAGACCAAGGGUGUCGUGAUCGUCGGCGGUGGCAGCGGUGCAUUCAUGGCCAUCGAGAGUUUGAGAGAGCAUGGAUACAAGGGUCCCAUCACUGUUUUGUCUAAGGAACACCACAGUCCGAUCGACAGAACGAAGCUGAGCAAGGCCCUCAUCUCCGACGCGUCGAAACUCGAGCUGCGAUCAACUGCAGAGCUGCGUGCGAAGUACGGUGUGAACCUGCGCCAGGGCGUGGAAGUGACGGGCGUCGAGCUGGGUAAUAAGGAGGUCGUGAUUGGAGCCACGCAGGAAAAGGUGCCCUACGAUACCCUCGUGCUUGCUACUGGGGGUAUUCCUCGCCGCCUCCCGAUUCCUGGCAAGGACUUGUCGAAUGUGUAUACUCUGCGCGGCGUUGAAGAUGCGCAGAAGAUCGACGCAGCGGCUCAGGAGGGGAAGCGUCUGGUAGUCAUUGGCUCGUCCUUCAUCAGUAUGGAGGUCGUCGUUGCAGUGUCGAGUCGCAAGCUUGUGUCCAUCGACGUCAUCGGUCAGGAGGAGUUCCCUUUCGAGGCCGUGCUGGGAAAGCAGGUCGGCGCCGGCCUGAAGAAGUUCCAUGAGUCGAAGGGCGUCAAGUUCCACAUGCAGUCGAAGGUUGAGAAGAUCAUCCCUUCGGACUCGGACUCGUCCCGCGCUGGGGCUAUCGUCGUGCAGGGCAGCGACGGCAAGAGCACCACGCUCCAAGCCGAUGUCGUAAUCAUGGGUGUUGGUGUCGCCCCCGCGACCGAGUACCUCAAGAACAGCAAGGGCUUCGAGCAAGUCCUCGAGCGCGGCGGAGGCGUGUUCGUCGACGAAUUCUUGCAGGUCAAGGGUGUUCCGGACGUGUACGCCAUUGGCGACAUCGCGUUGUACCCGCAACAUGGCACUGGUGAGACGAGGAGAAUUGAGCACUGGAAUGUUGCUGGAAACCAUGGCCGCGCUGCAGGAAAGACCAUCGCUGAGGGCAAGGGUCAACCUUUCGUGAAGGUCCCGGUCUUCUGGAGUGCUCAGGGCCAGCAAUUGCGUUACUGCGGUGUCGGCGCCGGCUUCGACGAUGUUGUUAUCGACGGUAACCCGGAUGAAUUGAAGUUUGUCGCCUACUACACGAAAGGAGAGACUGUCAUUGCCGUCGCCAGCAUGCAGAAGGACCCCGUCGUUUCGAAGGCGUCCGAGCUCAUCAGGCUGGGGCUCAUGCCCUCCAAGUCCGAGAUCAAGUCUGGCAAGGACUUGCUCUCCAUCGAUAUCUCGUCUGUCAAGGCGAAGCCGAAGGUUGCAUGAGUUGUUCAAGUUCGUGGAAUCAAAUAUGAGAAGUCGGCAAGAAUUUUGUAUUAUAGCAAAGCAUGGUCCUUCCCCGAUGUGCAACACGUUUCAUGACAUGCGUCAUGCUGCCUGCCCCGCAGAAUCACGAGUGGACCCACCGUGAACACGAACGAGGCAGAUGAAGCUGUCAAGCGCCGAUAAACUGCCAUGGUCUUCUCCAUCGUGCGCGACGGCGCUGCGGCCAUCGGAUGUCAUCAGGUUCGACGCGAAGCGAUGGCACGGCGUGCGUGUCAGACAUCGUAAAUAGCCUGUUUCUCGUCUUCUUGGAACACAAGUCGGGGGUCGGGAGCUCGCACGAGCUCAUCGCCAACUUGCCGUCCGGACGCGCGACGGAGGAAUGCAUCGUCAGAUUCAUGUCGCGCGGCUGCAAUCGCCCGCGCGACAGCCUCUCUUGCUUCCGCCGGCAAGUUCUCCCGCUCUGGCGGACUCGCUGUGCUGGCUCCAUGUGGAUUGAAUGUCCAAGCUUUGCGUGCCGCGUCCGCUAUGGUCUGCGGAAGUUGCGACCGUGCGAAGUCAGCGUCGCUGGCUUGACGAGUCGCAGCGGCGGCGAGGCGGGCUCGUUCAUCGGGGCUAGCUGUGAGUGGCACUUCCGCCGGGGCGGCGCAGGGCUGGUCUCGCUUGAAGAAAGCACGAAAGUGUUUCGCUUCCUCCGAUUCUCGAACCACAGCAUCCGCGAUAGCCUUCGUAUGCGCCUUGAGACGGUGGUCAUGGAGGGUCCGCACGGCUCCGCCGGUGUGGACCCCUCCGAGCAUCUGUCCUCCCUCUGCCCACUGCUGCUUGCUUUUGGGCGUCAUGAGUUCGGUGUACGCUGACUUCGCUGCCGCCUUCGCGCUCUUGAGGGGAACGUCACCCUCCAGCUCUUGAACAGAACUCUCCUCGCGCUCUUCAAUUCUAGCAUCUUCGGCGCACCCGCCCAUCACUGGAGGAUCGACCAUGACGAGGCCAUAAAGGGACUCGGAUGGCGUUGCCACUUGGUCUAGCGGCUCCGAGCUGGUCUCUGGAGCUUCCGACUCGAUUCGAGCUGCAAGACGGGCUCUCACGCGGCCUGCACGGGCACGGGCAGCCGCCGCCAAGUGGGACUUCUUUCGUCGGGGCAUGUCUUGCGUAUGUUAGGCGUUAG